UCUUCGUGUGAGCGUGUCUUACCAUAAGAAUAAGAAUAGGAAUAAGAAUAAGAAUAAUGAGCACUUCAACAAGCCGCACUGCACCAGCAGGGGGCCAUAAAGAGUCCACAAUUGUAGGACGUCAUGGCACGCAACAAGACGAGGAGGAAGACAGACCGGUGGACUGAUGUGAAGCAGACUGAGGUGAAAAAUGAAGACUUUGAUGGUGUUUGAUUUUGACCACACUGUGGUAGAUGACAACAGUGACACUUGGGUAAUAAGAUGCCUUCCAGGUCAGACUCUUCCUGACUCUGUGAAGAAGUCCUACAGAAAAGGCCACUGGACUGAGUUUAUGGGCAGAGUGAUGAACUAUAUAGGAGACCAGGAGAUCAGCCCAGACACGGUCCGCAGUGUGAUGGAGACCAUCCCCUUCACAGCUGGAAUGACAGACUUGCUGACAUUCGUAUCAGAGCAUAAAAGCACCAUUGACUGCAUAGUCAUCUCUGACUCCAACACCAUGUUCAUAGACUGGAUUCUCCACGCAUCUGGACUCCAGGCAGCUGUUGAUCAGGUCUUCACCAACCCAGCUAAGUUCAAUGAGCUCGGGUACAUGGAGGUACAGUGCUACCACUCACACAGCUGUGAGCGAUGCCCCGUCAACCUCUGUAAGAAAAAGGUCCUGGAGUUGUAUCUGUCAGAGCAGUCCGAUGAAGGUGUGGAGUAUGAGCGGAUAUUUUACGUGGGGGACGGUGGGAAUGAUCUCUGCCCUACUUCCUGUCUGAGAAGGCAUGAUGUUGCGAUGCCGAGGAAGGGAUACACCCUGGAGAAAUUGCUGGCGAAACUGAAAAGUCAGGAAGAUAACUCUUCUCUAAAAGCUAAAGUUAUUGCCUGGAGCAGUGGCACUGACAUUCUUCACGAACUGAAAGCAAGUAUGCAGUUGUAGCUUACUUGAUUGACCUCUCAGUUAUUGCACAUAUGGCAAAUAUUGAAUCCGUACUGUAGAGGGCAUGUGCUGCUCCCUGUAAUUGUUUGGGAAAAACAGAACAUUAAUAAUACAGUAUUUUUAUUAUUUAAAUCACAGUUUCGAUGGUGAAAUGAUUUUCAUUUAGUUACAAAUCAAAAGUUGAUUUGUUUUUAUUUCAUCUUCUUUGAAAAUAGUAACAGGCGUCUCAGUUCUCAUAAAAGGUUUGUCUUUUAUUCAGAGGUGGAGGUGGGGAAUUGAGGCAACUGAGCCUAAUAACAAUGCAGAUACAUAACAAAAACAAUGUUUACAUGUGCAGUGUAUGUUUUACUGUGGAUCAUGGGAGACUGAUGGAUUCAGCAUUUUUCUCAUUAUAGGAAUCUGUCAGAUUUUUUUUUUUCCAACUGCCAAAAUAAUUUAAAAAUGUGACUCUCCAUCUUUCUCUGCCUGUUGUCACUAUUAACUAAAAAUAUCAAAUUAACGUACUGGAGUAAAAAUCCAGUAUUUUCCAAAGUAGCAAAAAAUACUCAUUUUGAGAUCCUCAAAAUUUUACGUAAGUACAGUACACAAGUAAUAAGUAAUACUUUUGACGCUGAGAUCCUAAACAUUCAUUAUUGGUCUACCUGACUAGAAAUAAUCACUAUCGUUACUGGCCCUGACAUAAACAUAUCGUUCUAUCUCUGAGACCGCAGGUUGCCUGGAACAACAAUAUUUAUUGCAAUGGCAACUCUAAUGUCACUCUAAAGUAACCUGACCGCUUUUAACAGACUAUUUAGUUUGUUAGUAGGGCAUUAAAAGAAUAGUUUUACAUUUUGUGAAAUACAACUCGUCAUAUAUGCACUCCAAAUAUAAAGUUAGGUCCAGCAGCCAAUUAGUGUAACUUGAGAAAACAAGGAACCUGCUAGCAUAAAAUAAUGUUAUUUAGCUUCACUGGUGCUACCAGUUGUAUUUGUUACAAUUAGACAGAAUCUGGCUAGCUGCUUUGCCCUGUUUUCAGUCUUUGUGCUAGGUUAAGCUUAAUCACCUCCUGAUUCUGUCUCUAUAUUUUUCUGACAGACAUGAUGGUAGUAUUGAUCUUCUCAUUUAGCUCUAGUGAAUAAGCGUAUUGCCCAAAAAAUAACCCUUUAAGGCUAUUAGGCUAAUUUCCAGGUAUCACCCCUCAGCCAUGAAGCUCAAUAUUAAUGGCAUGAUAACAUGCUCACAAAUUUAUAACUCUCAGUUAUCACAUCAGUAAUGUGUGAAGGCUUUGCAGAGCACUUCAUUUGCUCCAACACUGAAACAUACAAAUAUACUUUAUGACCUUUCUGACCACCUUAUGUGAACAGUUUUUUUCUUUCUUUUUUUUUUUAACAAUAUACAUUUUGACUUAUCAAUAGGAAAAGCUCAGGUGGAAUUUAAAACUUUAACAUUGGCUCUGUUCUGUUCAAGCAGCAUGGGUGCUAGAAUCCAGCCACCAUUCACUCUGUUAUUUACACCUCUGCUUUUUCCACUGUGACAAAAUGUCUUCAGUGAUAAAAGGGUAUUAUAGUGCAGCUAAAAACAAUAUAAUUUUGUAUCAGGGCUGUAGCUACUGUUUUUUACACCUCCACAUUAAUUAAUCUUAUUUGCCCUUUUGGCUAAGUAAGAUUUAAAACACCGUUAAACAGUAUUUCCUCUGCUGAGACGUUUUUCUAAUUUCUACAGGGUGGAAACUAUUUUACUACAUAAAUAAUUCAUAACAUGUCAAAGUUGUAUAAUUUGACUUACAACUGCAGAAAAGUAUCAUCUCUAUUAGGAAAAAUAAGUUCCACUGCUACAAUCCUUGUAAUACAAUAUAUGAAGUAUGUGCUGUGAGCAUCUGUCCCGUCCUUAUUGUUUAAACCAGGUGUGCAUUAACCCAGUCAUGGUCAGUUUGAGUGUUACUGAAUAGCAUAAAUGUAAACUAUUUAUUUAAGCUUAAUUAACAAGAAGUCAAGGUCUUUUUUUCCUACAGUAGCCCCCAGACUUACUGAGAUAUGAUAAGUUUCCUAAAUAAAAUCCACACUUCAGUCACUUGAGAAGGUUAGAGGUUAUUUAGUAAUUUUAUCCAGAUUACUAUGACACUGUGGAUAGUACUGGAGUAAUUCUGGGAAUUUUACCAGGUUUUCUCAACGCCAGUUUAUGUGACCUGUUUCCAUCUUCGCUGUUCAUAGAAACACAUGCAUUGAGAGAUUUUAAAGAGAUUUUUAAUGACACUGUCAAGAGCCAAUAUGUGAAAUAUUAUUUGUUUUAUCUUGUAAUUCUAAUGAUGCAAUUAAAACCAGAAAUCUCUUGUA